AGCUCAUCCGCCAUGACUCAGCUCUCGAUAGUAUAAAAAAUGGCAUCUUUAUUACGCCCAUUUCACACAUUUUCCUCUCUUCCAUUAACAUUCUCGAAACAACCCUCUGUAAACCCACUUCUCUUCGCCACGCACCGUUCGUCCAAGCGAUUUCCUUCUCCUUCAAGUUCAAUCAUGGCUACUGCUGCUAGGAAGGUUCUGGUUCCGAUUGCUAACGGAACCGAGCCGCUUGAGGCGGUUGUGAUAAUUGAUGUGUUGAGGAGAGCCGGCACCGAUGUAACCGUUGCUUCAGUCGAGAAACAGCUUCAAGUUGAUGCUUGUCACGGGAUUAAGAUCGUCGCCGAUGCUCUUGUUUCUGAUUGCGCUGAUACUGUUUUUGAUCUCAUUUCUCUUCCCGGCGGUCUUCCAGGUUCUACAACUUUGAAAGAUUGUGAGAUUCUAGAGAAGAUUGUGAAGAAACAGGCAUUAGAUGGGCGACUUUAUUCUGCAAUAUGUGCAGCACCUGCUGUAGCUCUUGGAUCUUGGGGUCUUUUAAAUGGAAAGAAAUGUACAUGUUAUCCAUCGUUUAUGGAACAAUUGUCUUCGUCUGGAACUGUAGUCGAGGAUAUAGUUCAGCAAGAUGGAAAUGUUGUUACAAGUCGUGGACCUGGAACUGUUAUGGAGUUCUCUGUUGCUUUGAUCGAACAAUUACUUGGCAAAGAUAAAGCUGAUGAAGUUUCUGGUCCUCUGGUAAUGAGUCCCAAGCAUGGAGAUGAAUAUAGUAUUCUUGAGCUAAAUCCAUUGAAGUGGACGUGUGAUAAGAACCCCAAGAUUCUUGUACCUAUCGCUGAUGGAACUGAAGAGAUGGAAGCCACCAUUAUAAUUGACGUGCUCCGAAGAGCCAAAGCAGAAGUUGUGGUGGCUUCUGUAGGCGAUACCCUAGAAAUUCUCGCAUCUCGAAAAGUCAAACUAGUAGCAGAUACUCUCCUUCAAGAUGCUGCCAAACUUUCAUAUGACUUGAUCGUACUGCCAGGAGGACUUGGUGGUGCCCAGGCAUUUUCAAAAUCUGAUAUACUAGUUGAGAUGUUGAAGAAUCAGUUGGAAGCAAAUAAGCCAUAUGGUGCAAUUUGUGCAUCUCCGGCUUUAGUACUCGAGCCACAUGGCUUACUCAAGGGGAAGAAGGCGACUGCUUUUCCAGCAAUGUGUAGUAAGUUAUCGGAUCAGAGUGAGGUUGAGAAUAGAGUGGUGGUUGAUGGGAAUCUUAUUACUAGUCGAGGACCGGGAACCUCGAUUGAAUUUGCGUUGGCCAUUGUGGAGAAGUUUUGGAGUCGCGAGAAAGCAUUGGAACUUGCUAAGACUAUGGUUUUCGUACAACCAUGAGGUUAUGGUUGAUGCUGGUCUUAGUGACCUUGUUUGGGAUUAUGAUCUGUUAGAGAAACUGCCAAUAAAUUUUGAAUAUGCACAAGUUUAAGAUGUAAGUUUGGUUUCUAAGUUUGAUCUCUUCUAUUCAUCCAAAUGAGAAGUUUUAUAAAAACAAGUUGUUCUCGAUUCAA